AAAAAUAUAGGAUAAGAGAUAUAAAAUAAAAUAUAAUAACAGAUACAAAGAGCCCUUAUAUAUUUAAUAGCUUUUGUUUAAACAUAAGGAACUUUUUUGGACUUUUUUCCGGUUAUUUAAAGAUAAAAAAGACGAUAUUUUAGAUUAAUUAUUUUAUUAUAUCAUAAGGUUAAAAAAUGCAGGAAAAAGGACAAAAAUUAAAUGAAGCUAUAACACUUAGUCAAAAACUAUCACUUUUUCUAUCAUGGAGACAAUUUAAAGAAAAACAAGGGUGGAAAAAGCUUGUUACAGAAAAAACAAAAGGGAUUUUUGGAGUUCCUUUGCAAAUAUCACUUCGAUAUGCAAAUGUAGCUAUUUCUUUUGUAGAUAAUAAUGAAAAUUCAAUGAUAUAUGGGCAUAUACCUGUUGUUGUAGCGAAGUGUGGUGCAUUUUUGAAGGAGAACGCGAAAGAUGUUAAAGGAAUAUUUCGUCUUAAUGGAUCAGCAAAAAGAUGUAAAGAACUACAAACAAUAUUUGAUACUCCACCUAAGUAUGGAAGAAAUUUAGAAUGGGAUGGAUUUACAGUUCAUGAUGCAGCAAGUAUUUUGAGGCGAUAUCUUAACUAUCUUCCAGAACCCAUUAUACCUCAUAAAUUUUAUGAACCAUUUCGAAAACCUCUGAAAAAUGAAUCCUAUAAUAAAGAAGAAUAUAUUUCGAUAUAUAAAAGGCUUAUUGCGUCACUUCCGCCUAUAAAUAGACAAUUAUUGUUAUAUAUAUUAGAUUUAUUAGCUGUUUUUGCUUCAAAAUCCAAAGAAAAUUUGAUGACAGUGUCCAAUCUUUCAUCUAUUUUUCAACCUGGUAUUCUUUCACAUCCUGAACAUGAUAUGUCACCUAAAGAUUAUUUCCUUUCGCAAAAAGUUCUGAUAUUUCUUGUGGAUAAUCAAGAUCAUUUUUUCACGAAUACAGCUGGGAUAGAUUCUGAUUUAGUAAUAUCAUUAACGCGUUGUAGAGAUAACGAUAUUUUAGAGAGAGCAUCUACUAUAAAUUCUCUUAAGUUUGCAUCCAGAAAGAAACAUAAUGUUUUAAAAAAAAUACCACAUGUCAGUUCGAAGAGUUUAAGUUUCCAUAAAAAUAAACAUUCAAAAUCAAUGGAUUUUAAUUUGAAAAAAUCUUUUCGAUUCCUAUUACGCAGCAACGUAUUACCAAAUAAAUCUCAGUGUAUAGAGAUUGAUUCUCAUGUUAUACAAGACUUAGUUUCCCCUAAAAAGUUAAAGACGUUAAAAAAUUCUAAAUUUCCGUCGCGAAAAUUGUCUAUUGACAAUAACACCUUUUACAAUAAGAUAAAAAGGAGGAAUUCAUAUUCUAGCAUGGGAACAUCUACAGAAGAUAUUCAUAUUUAUUCAACUUCAAGGACUUCAAAAAAUACAAAGUCAAAGUCAUUUAUAUAUACUUUUUCAUCAUCUCUAGUUGACGCAAUUCGACCAUUGAAAUUUCAAAAUAAGUCUUUAUACAAAACAAUACCAAUUAAUUUAUCAUCAUCAUCGUUGAAAACUAUUGGAACUUGUUCUAAUACAUCUCCAUUAAAGCUAGAAGCACAUCGAUCUUCUCAAUCUAUACAUUCGGCUCAUUCUCGAACCAUUUCAAUUCCUAGUUCUUUAGCAUCGGAAGAUAAAUUUUCUAGAGAUAGUUCGAUUUUUACAAAAAAAGCACCAAGAAAAGAUUCAUCUGGAGAUGCUCAAUAUAUUUAGGAAAUCUCAGUUUAUAAUAAAUGGAAGAAUACAGGAAUUCUAUUACGCUCAUAAAAGUUGUAUGAUUAUUUUGUUUGGACUAUCUUUAAUAUUUAAAACUGAAAUAAUAUAUGAUGUUAUUUAAGAUAAGUUAUAUUUACACGGAAAUUCCUUUUUCUAUUAUUUCA